AUGAGAAACGUUGAAAUAAAAGCGCGAGUUGACGACGUCAAAAGAAUUUGUGAACUUGCUGAAGAACUAAGCGGUGGAACAUUUAAGUUAAUAGAGCAAGAUGAUACUUUUUAUAAUGUGCCUAACGGUCGUCUAAAGUUGAGAAUAUUUGAAGAUUCAUCUGCUACUUUGGUACGCUAUGAGAGAAAUGAUGAGGGUGGGCCUAAAAUGUGCGAUUAUGAUUUGUUAGAAUUCUCUUCAAAUGAAAAAGAAAAAUCUAUAAAGUUAGAUAAAAUGUUAAAACAAUGCUUGGGGGAGCGUGGUCGUGUUGUUAAAAAACGCAAACUAUACAUGGUUGGCCAGACUCGAAUACAUAUAGACACAGUUAAAGGGCUUGGAGACUUUAUGGAACUUGAAGUGGUUCUUAGACCAGAACAAACAUUGGAAGAAGGCCAGAAAAUUGCUGAAGAUUUGAAGACUAAACUUGAAGUUAAAGAUGAGAACCUUAUUGAAUGUGCUUAUAUGGAUUUGCUUGAAAAGAAGAGCCAUAAAACUUAG